UGAAGCUUUGCAGGUUAUCAUAUUGAUAACACGCACAUCUUCCCUGGCCUGAGUCUCUGCUGCAGCAACAAAGGAUUUGUAUUGCUUCAUGAAAACACACACCGAGUCCCAUGCAGUGCGGAACCCCCGCCGCCGGAGUGUUAGCCCAGAUUGGAGGAUUGACCGCCAUGGCAGCGUCGGAGCUGUACACAAAGCGUGCUCGGGUGUGGAUCCCCGAUGCAGAGGAGGUGUGGAAGUCUGCUGAGCUGACCAAUGACUACAAAGAUGGCGACACCUCCCUGCAGCUCAUGCUGGAGGAUGGAACGAACAUCGAGCACAAACUCGACCCCAAGACGAAGAACCUGCCUUACCUGCGAAACCCCGACAUCCUGGUGGGAGAGAACGACCUCACAGCGCUCAGCUACCUCCACGAGCCGGCCGUGCUGCACAACCUCAAGGUCCGCUUCAUGGACUCCAAGCUCAUCUACACCUACUGCGGAAUCGUUCUGGUGGCCAUCAACCCGUAUGAGACGCUGCAAAUCUAUGGAUCCGACAUCAUCAAUGCCUACAGCGGCCAGAACAUGGGCGAUAUGGACCCUCACAUCUUCGCUGUGGCAGAGGAGGCUUACAAACAGAUGGCCAGGGACGAGAGGAACCAGUCAAUUAUUGUGAGCGGGGAGUCUGGAGCAGGAAAGACAGUAUCAGCCAAAUACGCCAUGAGGUACUUUGCUACGGUCAGCGGCACCACCAGCGAGGCCAACGUGGAGCAGAAGGUGUUGGCCUCCAACCCCAUCAUGGAGGCCAUUGGAAAUGCAAAGACCACCCGAAACGACAACAGCAGUCGCUUUGGGAAAUACAUCGAGAUCGGCUUCGACACCCGCUUCCGUAUCAUCGGCGCCAACAUGAGAACAUAUCUGCUGGAGAAAUCACGAGUGGUGUUUCAGGCGGACGAGGAAAGAAAUUAUCAUAUCUUCUAUCAGCUCUGUGCAUCCUCCCAUCUGCCUGAAUAUGAGAAACUAAAGCUCAGCAGUGCAAUCGACUUCAUGUACACCAAGCAGGGCCGCAGCCCCGUUAUCGAAGGCGUGGACGACACCAAGGAACUCUGCUCCACUCGCAAUGCCUUCACUUUGCUCGGUAUUAAUGAGUCCUAUCAGAUGGGGCUGUUCCAGGUUUUGGCCGCUAUUCUUCAUCUGGGAAACGUGGAAAUAAAGGACAGAGACUCAGACAGCAGCAUCAUUCCACCCAACAAUCGCCACCUCUCAGCGUUUUGUGAGUUGGUGGGCGUGACCUACCAGGACAUGUCUCAGUGGCUGUGCCACAGGAAGCUGAAGACGGCUACGGAGACGUAUGUAAAGACCAUCCCCCGCCUGAUGGCCACCAACGCCCGCGACGCGCUCGCCAAACUCAUCUACGCCAAACUCUUCAACUGGAUUGUGGAGCAUGUUAACAAAGCGCUGAUCACCAACAUCAAACAGCACUCCUUCAUCGGAGUCUUGGACAUCUACGGGUUUGAGACGUUUGAGAUCAACAGCUUUGAGCAGUUCUGUAUCAACUACGCUAAUGAGAAACUCCAGCAGCAGUUCAACAUGCAUGUGUUCAAGCUGGAGCAGGAGGAGUACAUGAGGGAGCAGAUCCCCUGGACUCUGAUCGACUUCUACGAUAAUCAGCCCUGCAUCAACCUCAUAGAAGCUAAGAUGGGCAUCCUGGACCUGCUGGACGAGGAGUGCAAGAUGCCCAAAGGUACGGAUGAUUCUUGGGCUCAGAAACUUUACAACACACACCUGAAGACCUGCUCCCUCUUUGAGAAGCCACGCAUGUCCAACCGCGCCUUCAUCAUUCAACAUUUUGCUGACAAGGUGGAGUACCAGUGUGACGCUUUCCUGGAGAAGAACAAGGACACGGUGAACCAAGAUCAGAUCAAUGUGCUGAAGGCCAGCAAGUUCCCCCUGCUGGUGGAGCUGUUCCAGGACGGGGAGAAAGCCACCAGUCCCACGGGCCAGGGCCCCGGCAGCGGAGGACGGACCCGCCUCAGCGUCAAACCUACCAAGGGCCGCGAGAGCAGCAGCAAGGAGAACAAGAAGACCGUCGGAUGCCAGUUCCGUAACUCCCUGGCAAUGCUGAUGGAAACGUUGAAUGCAACCACCCCGCACUACGUCCGCUGCAUCAAACCCAACGACUUCAAGUUGGCCUUCACGUUUGAUCCUAAGCGAGCGGUGCAGCAGCUCAGAGCCUGCGGAGUCCUGGAAACCAUCAGGAUCUCUGCUGCAGGGUUCCCCUCCAGAUGGACGUACCAGGAGUUCUUCAGCCGUUACAGAGUGCUGAUGAAGCAGAAGGACGUGUUACCUGACAGGUUGACCUGCAGAAAUGUUCUGGAGAAACUGGUGGAGGACCAGGAUAAAUAUCAGUUUGGUAAGACCAAGAUCUUCUUCAGGGCCGGCCAGGUGGCCUACCUGGAGAAGUUGAGGGCAGAUAAGUUGCGUGUUGCCUGCAUCCGCAUCCAGAAAACCAUCCGCUGCUGGCUGGAGCGCAAGAGGUAUCUGCGCAAACGCAGCGCCGCCAUCACCGUCCAGAGGUUCACCAGAGGAUACCAGGCCCGCCGCCUCGUCAAGUUCAUGCGUCGCACGCAGGCAGCCACCACCAUCCAGAAGUACCAGAGGAUGGUUGUGGAGAGGAAAUGCUACCGGCAGAAGCAGGCUGCUGCUCUCCUCAUGCAGACCCUCAUCCGAGCGUACAUGGCCCGGCAGAUGUACCAAUCGUUGCUGCGGGAGCAAAAGGUGGUGAUCAUCCAGAAGCGAGUGCGCGGCUGGUUGGCUCGCUGCUGGUACAAGCGCUGCCUGGAGUCCAUCGUCUACCUGCAGUGCUGUUUCCGCAGGAUGAAGGCCCGGCGCCAGCUGAAGAAGCUGAAGAUCGAGGCUCGCUCAGUGGAGCACUUCAAGAAGCUCAACAAGGGCAUGGAGAACAAGAUCAUGCAGCUGCAGAGGAAAAUCGACGAGCAGAAAGAGAACCAUAAGGUGGUCAAAGACAGGAUGGUGGGUAUGGAGACUUCCUACACAGCGGAGAGCGAGAAGCUGCGUACAGAGGUGAGCCGGCUGCGUGGAGUGGAGGUAGACGCCAAGAACAAAGGCAUCCGGCUGAGCUCGCUGCAGGAGGAGCUGGAGAAGCUGAAGACGGAGCUGAGUACCACUCAGAAGGAGAAGAAGACCAUCGAGAACUGGGCCAAAACCUACAGGGAGGAAAUGGAGAAGAUGGUCUCAGAGCUGAAGGAGCAGAACGGCACGCUGAAGAAGGACAAGGACGACCUGAACAGGAUGAUUCAGGAACAGAGUCAGCAGAUGACAGAGAAAAUGGCUCAUGCGAUCGUACAGGAGACCCAGCAGCUGGAGACGGAUCUGAACGAGGAGCGGUCUCGCUACCAGAAUCUGCUGAGGGAGCACCUGCGCAUGGAGGAGAAAUACGACGACCUGAAGGAGGCGAUGGCUUCCUCGAACGCCUCCAAGCCUGGUCACAGGAGAAAAGAUUCCACGCACAGCAGCAACGAAUCAGAGUACACAUACAACUCAGAGUACGCCGAAUUGGAGGAAGGUUCCCGUGCUGCGGAAGAUGUGACUCGGGGAAUCGACACCUCGCUGACCCUGAAGCUGCAGAAGCGCCUCACCGAGCUCGAGCAAGAGAAGCAGUCUCUGCGCAACGAGCUGGAAAACAAAGAGGACCAGUUCCAGCGGGCUAGAGCCAGGGAUGACGUUGAGUUUAAAAAGGCUCGCGGAGCAGAGCUGGAGUACGAGUCACUGAAGCGCCAGGAGCUGGAGUCGGAGAACAAGAAGCUAAAACAUGACCUGGUGGAGAUUAGGCGAAGCCUGCUGGGUAAAGCUGGUCCAGGCGCCGGGGCCCCGGGCUCCCCAGCCUACAAGGUGGUGUUGGAGCAGCUGAACUCCUCCUGUGAGGAGCUGGAGGUCCGUAAGGAGGAGGUGCUGAUCCUGCGCUCACAGCUGGUCAGCCAGAAGGAGGCCAUGCACCACAAGGAUGAGAAGGAAACCAUGACCGAGCCUUCAGUCUAUGCGGAGGAUGUUUCCAAGCUGAAGGACUCUGAUGAAAUCAAGCAAGCCUACGUAGGACUUAAAGACACCAACAGGUUACUGGAGCACCAGCUGCAGACUCAGCGGCGAGGCUACGAUAACGAGGUGGAGUCGUUGCGUGGCGAGCUGCAGAACGUGAAGGAGGAGAACAACCGCCAGCAGCAGCUCUUAGCCCAGAACCUGCAGCUGCCUCCAGAGGCCCGCAUCGAGGCCAGCCUGCAGCACGAGAUCACCCGCCUCACCAACGAGAACCUGGAUCUAAUGGAGCAGCUGGAGAAACAGGACCGAACCAUCCGCAAGCUGAAGAAGCAGCUGAAGGUUUACUCCAAGAGGAUCGGAGAGAUGGGAGCGGGUCAAACCGAGGGACAGACGUCUCCGGGACAGAUGGUGGAUGAGCCGAUUCAUCCUGUCAACAUUCCCCGCAGGGAGAAAGAUUUCCAAGGGAUGCUGGAGUACAACAAGGAGGAUGAGCUCAAACUGGUCAAGAACCUCAUCCUGGAGCUGAAGCCUCGAGGUGUAGCUGUGAAUCUGAUCCCAGGUCUGCCAGCCUACAUCCUGUUCAUGUGUCUGAGACAUGCGGACUACGUCAACGAUGACCAGAAGGUCCGCACCCUGCUCACCUCCACCAUCAACAGUAUCAAGAAGAUCCUGAAGAAACGAGGAGACGACUUUGAGACCGUCUCCUUCUGGCUGUCCAACACCUGCCGCUUCUUGCACUGUCUGAAACAAUACAGCGGAGACGAGGCCUUCAUGAAGCACAACACGACGAGGCAGAACGAACACUGUCUGUCCAACUUCGACCUGGCAGAGUACCGACAGGUGAUCAGCGACCUGGCCAUCCAGAUCUACCAGCAGCUCAUCAAGUGCAUGGAGAACAUCCUGCAGCCCAGUAUAGUGUCUGGCAUGCUGGAGCACGAGACCAUCCAGGGUGUGUCGGGGGUGAAGCCCACGGGUCUCCGUAAGAGGACAUCUAGCAUCGCGGACGAGGGCAUGUACACCCUGGACUCCAUCCUGCGGCAGCUCAGCGCCUUCCACUCCACCAUGUGUCAGCACGGCACCGACCCCGAGCUCAUGAAGCAGGUGGUGAAGCAGCAGUUCUACAUCAUCGGAGCUGUCACCCUCAACAACCUGCUGCUGCGCAAGGACAUGUGCUCCUGGAGCAAAGGCAUGCAGAUCAGGUACAACGUGAGCCAGCUGGAGGAGUGGCUCAGAGACAAAGGUCUGAUGGUGUGCGGGGCGAAGGAGACGCUGGAGCCUCUGAUCCAGGCCGCUCAGCUGCUGCAGGUCAAGAAGAAGACGGACGAGGACGCCGAGGCCAUCUGCUCCAUGUGCUUGGCCCUCACCACGGCUCAGAUUGUGAAGGUCCUGAACCUCUACACUCCAGUCAACGAGUUUGAGGAGAGGGUAUCGGUUUCAUUCAUACGAACCAUACAGACUCGUUUGCGCGACCGUUGUGAGAGUCCCCAGUUGUUGAUGGACACCAAGAUGAUUUACCCGGUCACCUUCCCGUUCAGCCCGUCCUCCCUCGCCCUGGAAACCAUCCAGAUCCCCGGCUCUCUCAACCUGGCCUUCCUCACACGAGUCUAAACCCAACAGGAGGGCGGAGAAUAUGAUGUAGUACCCAAUCAUCAAGAGAGAUAAAAAAAUAAUAAAUGAACACGAUUUGAGCAGUUAUGUCUAAAAAAAAAAAGCUUCUAAUUCAAAACACGGUUUCCAGUGAAGAAUUGCUGGUCUGAAUCUGGAUACUGACACACAUAAAUGAACCCCUCAAACACAACCACAUGCUGAACUCUAAACAUGCAUCUGUACAAAACAUACAUCCUCUGAACGUACACAUGCACGCCUUCACUUCUGUCUCACAAAACGCACGGAUGCACUCGCUGGUUUAAAUGUCAUCAUCCACUGCUUGUAAAAUUGCUUGCCUCUUAGAGAAGCCACAGGGCCAUAUCAAUGCCUCCUCGCGCUCCAUGGAGUCCGUCUUAGUGGACCCCAGCUUCCAGAUCUGUGUGUAAACUCGCUGUAAGAUCUCGUCAUCGUGUCGUUCUCCGGAGAGAAUGUAACAUAUCGCCACACAAAGAAGGAGUAGAGUCCUCAGAAAGAAAGUAACUUGAUGAGGUUGGUAUGUCGGGUCUCAAAGUGAGUUUUGAGUCCGCAUAUGAAGCUUUAUGAGUGAUAGCCAUGCUAAAGUUAGCUCUCUCCACCCCCAUGUUGAGGUAACCUGGACCGGGCUUCCUCUCUGAAAACAGUCAAGACAAGACAGAUCUCAUCAUCUGUACUAUAUAAUUUAUACAUAUAUAAAUAUGAAUAAUAUAUAUAUCAUGUAUUUUAUUUAUUGCAUUUAACUCCGUCCCUACCCUCCCUUUUUUAGAUUAGAAGCUUUCUCCUCCGGUAUAUGAAGGAUAGGAUUCCCGAGAUAAUCACCUCCAUUGAAAGAUAUUUACGUCUAUCAGGUAAAUGAUGUAGUGUAGUUUAAGUAGUGCCAGCAGAGAUGAUUAUUUUUUAGGUCAAGUCUUAACUUAACUGUCGCAUUACCAUGUUUACCCUGCAUUUCCUGCAGAUGAAGUGUAGCACGGGUUUUAACUGAGGAGAGAUUUAGAAAGUUGAAGCUUUGAUAAGGGUUUAACCUGCUGCAGUCUGUACUGUUUACAGCUGUGACCAGAGCUCAGAGAAAACACUGGCACAAAGAUAUGAAGUCACUCUCUCUCUCACACACACACACACACUGCUGAAUCACCGAAGGGGGGAGGGGGGGGGUUGCACUGCGUACGCUUUACUCUCUCUUCUCGUCUUCUCUGGUCAAAGCCUGUUUUGUUAUUAUCAACGUGGAACUAUUUAUUUCAGUAUUAUCAUUUUCUGUUGUGUAUAUCGUGAAGAAGCCAUGUAUCACUGAGCAGAGAGGACAGAGAAGGUCUCUUGGGAGUUUGUCUUGGAUAUGUCCAUCUUUACAACAUUUGUAUCUGCUUUAUUCCCACAAAGACCACAAACCGCAGCUUUGGAUGUCGAUUCCUCUCCUCUUUUCAUUCAUGUCCGUCCUAUGCCUUCCUGUUCAGCGGCCAAGACAACACAACAUGGGCCUUUUAUUACCAAAAACAACAGAAUAGGUGCAGCUGUUAUCCAUUCAAAUUGCACUGCAGGGUUAAAUUAAGGGUUUACUGACAGAAAUAUAUUUUUCUUUUUGGUGCACAAUAUGUUUUGGUCCAGAUAUCAGUCAUAUUUAGGACUUUCCUUCAACUGUGAUAUUACACCUCACCCGCUAUAACUCAGUAUGGAUACAUUGCUGCUGCUGCCCUCAUACAACCAGCAUGGGCUUUGCUUUACUAGUAGGUAGAAAUACAAUGUCACACUAUUGUUUUUUUGUUUUCUUCUACAAAGAAACAUCGAUGUAGUCUUCUGAUUGGAGAGUGAGGGAAUCUGCCCAUGUUGUUACAGAAAGUGUUUUGUCUGCGUUCACAUUGUCCUCGCUGCCUCGUGUUUAGCACUUUUUUUCCCCGUUUACUUCCUGUUGUGCCAUUAGUAUUAACAGCCAACCCAAUUUGCCUCUUACCCUCAUGUGAACCUUACUUUGUCCUAAAGGCCUUUCACAAACAUAUUUCACUUUGAUAGAAUGUUUUUUUUUAAGGUGCUUAAAUAUAUAGGAGGUUGUGAAUCGUCUCCAAAAACUGAACUCGGUACGUUUUAUUUGUUAUGUUUUGUUUCUUCUAAAACCAACCAACAUUCAACCAAAUGUGUUUUGCAUUUGAAAUAUCCGUGAACUUGCUCUAGUACAGCUACAGUACAUGCUGAGAAAUAUACAUAUUUAAACAUCUUCAAAAUUGUAAGUGGAGUAAAGAGAAGUUAGUGUGUGAAGUUUGUGUUGCACUUGUAUUUGAGAAUAAUUGAAUAUGCUCUCAUUGGGACCACAUGUUAUCAAUCUGCCUUUUUGUUACAUUAUUAGGUGGUUUCAAGUAUGCUUUGUGUAAAGAGUACAUAUCUGUUGCAAGUAAGACGGUAACUGGAAGGAAUUUAUUUAACAUAUGAAUGUUUCAAGUUGUUAAUGAAGUGUUUUAGCUGCACAUCUUUGGGCAAAGCCUUAUCUGAAUAUUUGCCAUCUGAGUGACUAAAACACACGAUCGUCAUUGUCAGUCCAGGGUUUUUUUCCACUGUAAAAUUAAUAUUAAAUGUGAUAUUUUGUUCUGAUAAGGUGUCCUUUUGGUCAACAGUUAUUGCCACAGGGUUGCACUGUUUUGCCAUUAGUCCAAAAUGCAUUUUUUAGACAUUGCUGAGGAAGACAGAUACAUAAUAGAUUGACAAGGACUGUAAAAAGAAACACUCCCAACACCUUCCUGCUGAACUGCAACCCAUUAAGCUUCCUCUGCCACAUUCCCUACGCGAGUGUGCGCUUCACUUCCUUAAUCAGUGAUUUCUUUUUGCAGUUUUAUUCAGACUAUGAAAUAUUGCAAGCCACAGGAAGGAAGACACUUGUGAUUUGUGUGGAUGCAGCACCAGCUUUCUCACACUUGCUCAGACUAUCCUUGUCGUCUGAUAUAUUAAGAAUAGUUUCAGAGGAGAGUUAGAACACAUUUGCAUUCAUGUGUUUGUAUUGUUGAGCAGCGUUGUUUCCCUGGGCUUCUCUUGGGCUGUCAAACUGAAAUAAGUGUCAUUCCUUCACUCUGCGUUUUUACACGAAGGGGAGAGUUGGUUGUACGAUACGACGUAGACAUUAUAAAUGACCAUUGUUCUUAUCAGCACUAGCGUUGAUUGUGCCAUUUUAAAUAUUGUUAAAAACGAUCAUAAAUCAUCACCUCAGCUGUCGUGGUACCGGUGUGAACACGCUGGUACCAGAUGUUUCCUCUCUGACCCAUGUGUACAUUUGACAAACUGGACUGUUUGUAGUUUCUGGUAGCUGUGCUUAGUGAAUGUGUUCACCGUUAAGAAACUUGGAAUAAAUUGUCAAAUCUGUAAAAGUAAAAUAAAAGAAUACAGCACUGUU